AAACAACACGGGCUGAGCAUCUUUACCGGAGAUGUUGAACUGAUCGCACACGUUUGUGGACGUUGAACGAGCGCGUGGCUCCGUUUAUUAUUCCUCUUCCUCGGGACGGAGGGGGGGAUGCUAAAGCCGUUAAAACCCCUAAAGCCCUUCGAGCUCUGUGCGCUACUUCCAGAGGGAUGCCUUCAUCCAGGAGAGGAGAGCAGAGAGGAGCGUGGGCCGCGCUUCUUCUCCUUCUAGCCAGCAUCAGCAUCAGCACCACUAUGGCAGCAGUGGGCCAGUGUCCCCGCAGCCUGGAUUGCGCCCGUGAAGGUCGUCAUUUUUGCCAGCCUGGCUCGUCCCACUGCGGCCCCUGCCUGGCUCCGCUCAUCGAGAGCAAGAAAGGGAAGUGUGUGGUCAGGAGACGAAACCACAUUAAAGAAGUGGCGAUGCAUCCUGAACUGGAUGAAGAGAUCGACUUCCUCUCUUCAAUCAUAACCAAACACAGAGAGUCCGAGAUGAAACACACAGCACCCUCUCAGGCUGCCCCUCAUAUCAAAGGUGACUCGGAAUGGCCAAGGAGUCACCACAGAAUGGAAUCCUCACCCAGCUACGACGCAGUACAACAGCCUCUAACACACACUCUGACCACAUCAUCCACCACCACCAGCUCCAGUGCCACCAGCUCCAGUCCCAGCACUGUCAGUGCUCUGUUAUCAGCCAUGCAGAGCGUGCCGCUCAUUGUGCCCUUCCCAUCUGAGGACCACUCUUUUAUCGUUACAGCAGGAGUGUGUCUUAUGGUGGCUUCAGUGGCUUUGGUUUUGUUUGGAGUGUGCUGGGUGAGGAUGCAGAGAGGAACUCGUCUGGCACAGAAAAUCGACUAUCCAGCCUUCGGGGUGAUGAGCCCCCACUCUUAUGACAGUGCAGCUUCUGGAGAUAAAAACCUGGCCCAGAGCGCUCAGAUGUACCAUUAUCAACAUCAGAAACAGCAGAUGUUGUCACUUAAACAAAGAGAUGAACCCAAGAUCCCUGACUCAACAGCUACCUCAGAUGAGGAGAAUGAGGACGGAGACUUCACUGUGUACGAAUGCCCUGGACUUGCCCCAACUGGCGAGAUGGAGGUGAAGAACCCCCUCUUUGAUGACUCCACACUUCAUCUUCAUCUCGAUCUGCAAAAAAGCUACAACUGAACCUGGACUGUCAGUCAAUGCACGAUCACGUUGAAAACACAUCCACAAUCUUACACCAAGAUCGAAUCCCAUCUGCAAAGACGUCGUGAAGAAGAGGAAGGCAGCUGCGAAAUUAAAGGAGGAUUCAGACUGCAUGGAUUCGACUUCACCAAGUCAACAAGGGCAGCUCCGGUGUUCCGAGUCGCUUUCCAUUUCCAACCUUCCUCUUCGUCCAUUGUUCAUUUACUGACGGUUACAUUGUGUGUGUGUGUAGAGACUGGAAGCGAGUUAACAUAUCUGCCUAAACAAGUGAUUUGCCUUUAAACAUACAGAAACAGCUAUGGUCCUUUACACAUGUGUACACUCUCCUGCAUGGACUGAACAUCUCCUCUACCAUUGGAGGAACGAUACGUUGGCAACGAUUUGAAGCAGUCUGUCUUUGUUUUUAUUUAUUUAUUUAUUUAUCUAUGUAUGUAUUUAUUUUUUUCCAAUGGUAAUGAUUCAUCUCAUAGUUAAAUCUUUUACACAUCCUUAGCCUUGCUGAAAUUGUCCACUUGCAGAACUUCCCAGUGUACCAUGGCCUUUACAGUAUAUGCACGCAUCAGUGUAAAACAUGGAGCGCAUGUCGAUUUCCUGUUUUACACAGGAAUCCUCAAUCUCAAUAACUCUCUCUCUCUCUCUCUCUCUUUCUUUCUCUCUGUCUGUCUCUCACAUGGCAAAACAAAGGUUCUUAGUACCGUAUUCACCCAGGAUUCUUAAAUGGAAGCCUUCCUUUAGUAGAAAGGCUUUAUACUUUGCACGUUUAUGAUUUAUACCCUCCAAGCACUAGGUGAGGUUUAUUGGCACCAGCUCUGGGCUCAUAUCAAAGUUAGAUUUAUUCAGUUAUGCAAAAAGGCAUAUAGGCAGCACGGUGGUGGAGCAGGUUGCUUUGCCUGGUUCGAUCUUGAGCUUGGAUUGCUGUAUGGAGCUUCAAAUGUUUUCUUUUGUGAGUUUCCUCUGGUUUUCUCCCAAAAACCAACUCCCAAAAAAAAAAAAAGUGUGUGUGUUUGGGACCUCGAUGUACUGACAUCCCAUCCAGGAUGUAUUCUCACCUUACACACAGUGUUCCUGGGAUAGGAGGAUCCAGAUCCACCUCAACCCUAACCAGUAUAAAGAUCAUAUGAAUAUGAAAAAUGCCCAUUAUUCAGUUUAAUUGGUUAAAUUCAACAA